GUUCGGUACAAGCACCAGAAGCUGAAAUGCGCUUCUUGAUUUCUUUUUGUCUCAAUAGAUAGCUCAUCCCAGAAAUUCUGUGUCAACACCUCGAAUUGUGUUCUACAUUCACCAAUUUCGCACUGCGCAUUCCACAGACGCAACAAGUGAACGAAGGGAGGAGCAACGAAGCAGGAAAGAAAGAAGAAAAAAGGAGACAAACAGACAGGCAAAGAGACAGAAACAACAACUAAAGGACAGGAAAGGGGACACAAAAUGGCAUCAACACCGUCCGCUCCUCUUGCGACACCAGAGCUAUCAGCUCUCACCAACCUCAUCUCCACCUCCGCAUCCUCCGAUCCCCUCUCCGCAAGCACAAUCCAAAUCCUCCACAACCUCCAACACCAGCACCUAUGGACAUCACUCCAAGUCCACAACCUUAAGGACCCAUACCUUAGGGCUUCAUCGCUAGGAGAAGGGCUAGCGACAAUGCCUUCAGAAGAUCAAACAGUUCCCCAGUACCUAAUCUCCGGUAUACCUCCGCAUCGAGUCUACACACAUCCGGAUGAGCAACUAUACCUACUAGAGCGAGGGCUCCGUGAAGAAGACCUCGAGCUGGAGCGCAUGUUUAUUUUACCGACUGUUAAGAACCAACCGUGGAGUUUGCGCAAGAUGGCGUCAGUGUUCGAUUCGCUUCCCGACGAGGCGGACAUUCAAGCUGAGGAGGCUUCAAUGAAUGACGGCGAAGAAACAAGUGAUGGGCUCGGUGGAGAAAAAGCGGUCAAGCUGGUAGAAUACUACGAGUAUAGGAAGAAGGCUCGUCUCACGAAGGAAUGGGGUGGAAAGAGGCUCCUCCUUGCUAUGGUGGACAGGGGGAUGGGCGGUGAUGGGACAGUGGUUUAUUAUGUUGUCCAAGAGGGUGCUGUGAAGCCUCGACAAAAUUAGAAACUCUCCGUCCAGAUUGCAGUUAUGACACCGGUUUACGACCCGCUACAGGAAGUACAACAUGCAGGGUGAUAUAUCAAAUCGAGUCACGAUUGUGACCCACGACAUGAGGAGUUACCAUCAAUCUCUUCGAUGUGUUAUACAAUUU